AUAAAUCAAACGGAUACCAUCCGCGACACGACGGAAGUUGGAUACAAGAUAACGCACAUCAGCAUCACAACACAUAAUAAAACGAAUGCCUACUUUUUAGAUGGGGGCUACUCUACGAUGCAGUUGGCCUUUAACAUCAAGCGCCUGCUGUUGCCCGAAGAGCUGAUGCAGGCCUUCGUGCUGGUGGGCGUCUCCUUCAACUGUAUCUUCUUGUCUACCAUCCCGCCUGAGGCACGAGAGAACAUGAGUCUGCCAUUCAUGAUGUUCAUGUUCUUCUUUGCGUUCAUGACCCUACAUGCCAUCCGGAGAUUGGCGGUUUAUACUACUCUACUCCACCUACUAUCUGCAUCGGCUAUGGUUUUGGCUCUCUGCGUCAAGGGGUGUUAUGAGACAGAACAGAAAGAAGUGUAUAGUCUGAAGACAAAGUCACGUUACAAAAUCGAACGUAAAACAAGAAGAAGUGAGAUGUUUCAUCUGACUUCUUCAACCAUUCACCUCACACUAUGGUGGGCAAUUAUUUCCUACAUGGCGUUUGACUUACUGUUUUAA